AUGGUGGACAUGUGGAUGGAGGUGGAGGCCCAGCAGUACCACCCGGCCAUCUCGCCGGUGGUGUUCGAGUGCAUCAUCUUCCCCGUCAUGCGCGGCGCCAAGACGGACCAGAAGGUCGUCGACGAGAGCCUGAAGAGGCUGCGGGGUGUGCUGGGGACGUACGAGGAGCGCCUGUCCAGGAGCAGGUACCUGGCCGGGGACUCCUUCAGCUUCGCGGACCUCAACCACUUCCCCUUCACCUUCUACUUCAUGGCCACCCCGUACGCGGCCCUCUUCGACGAGUACCCCAGGGUGAAGGCCUGGUGGGAGGACCUCAUGGCCAGCCCCUCGGUCGAGAGGGUCUGCGCCAAUAUGCCUACCAAGUUCUAG